UCAGACGGAGAAACCGACAUCCUCGGGCUGGCUCCUCGUGUCAGAGGGUCUCUCUGGGGCUGCUCCAGCUGUGGUGGAUUAUAACAGCCGUUGAGGGGGGGAGUUGGAUUCUUCUGGGGCAUCUCUUCAGUCCUCUCACUUCAUCACCUCUUCCUCUCCUCUUUGCACCAGCAGUCUGCCCUCCAACAUGUUCCUGUAGUCCUGAGGCUCCCGUCUCCCUGAAUCACUUCAGAAGCAGCAGUGCUGGCAGGAUGCUGGUCUCUGUGCUCUUCCUCCAAGCCAGCCGGCCCCUUCGCUGCCUCGUCCAGGAUGGGCACCGGUGCAGAUGGGGGUUGCGUGGGCAGAGGAGGCCUGGCUGCCCACACAGAGCUCUGCCAACCCUGGUGGCAGCCUACAGCAGUGACACUGCCCCUGUUUUCACUAGAGCUUUGGCUUUUGGUGAUAAAGUGGCCAUCGUUGACCAAAAUGGUGAGCACACUUACAGGCACCUUCUCAGCCGGAGCCUGCGCUUGUCCCAGGACAUCUGCAGAGCUCUGCGGUGCUCCAGCAGGGACUUGAAGGAAGAGAGGAUCUCAUUUUUGUGCCCUAAUGAUGCCUCCUACGUGGUGGCCCAGUGGGCUGCGUGGAUGAGCGGGGCCAUAGCCGUGCCCCUUUACAGGAAGCACCCCGUGCAGGAGCUGGAGUACGUGAUGCAGGACUCGCAGAGCGCUCUGCUCGUCGCGGCAGAGGAGUACCUGGGGAAGAUCACCCCCAGUGCCAAGAAGCUGGGAGUCCCGAUCCUGCCACUUCCAAAGUCUCACAGUGAUGGAUCUGCAGGUCCUGCAGCAGUGGAGGAGGGUCCCUUGGCAACCUGCUCCUCGUGGAAAGACAGAGGAGCCAUGAUAAUCUACACCAGUGGGACGACGGGAAGGCCCAAAGGUGUCCUGAGCACCCAUGGGAACGUGCAGGCUGUGACCACAGGACUGGUUGAAAAAUGGGAGUGGAAGAAGGAGGAUGUUAUUCUGCACGUGCUGCCUUUGCAUCACGUCCACGGGGUGAUCAAUAAGCUCCUGUGUCCUCUCUGGGUGGGAGCCACAUGCAUCAUGUUACCCGAAUUCAGUGCACAGAUGGUUUGGCAGAAGUUGCUAAGCUCCCAGGCUCCCCGUAUCAGCGUCUUCAUGGGAGUUCCCACUAUCUAUAUCAAGCUGAUUGAGUAUUAUGAGAAGCAUUUCUCCCAGCCUCAAGUCCAGGAUUUCAUCCAUGCCUUUUGCCAGGAGAACAUCAGGUUAAUGGUGUCAGGCUCAGCAGCCCUGCCUGUGCCUGUCCUGGAGAAGUGGAAGAGCAUCACUGGGCACAUGUUGCUGGAGAGGUAUGGGAUGACUGAGAUUGGGAUGGCGCUUUCUAACCCUUUGCAUGGAGUCCGUGUCCCAGGGGCCGUGGGCACCCCGCUCCCGGGGGUGCAAGUGCGCAUUGCCACGGAGACCAUGAAGAAUGGGGUUCGUUCCUACAUCGUCCACGCUCAGGGAGAUGAAGACCACACACAGGUGACCCCAGGGCUGGAGGGACAGGAGGGGGAGCUGCUCGUGAAGGGAACCUCCGUCUUCCGUGAGUACUGGAACAGACCCAGAGACACAGCAGAUGCCUUCACACCCGAUGGCUGGUUCAAAACAGGAGACACAGCAGUGUACAGGGACGGGGUUUACUGGAUCAAGGGCCGCACCUCCGUGGACAUCAUCAAAAACGGGGGCUUCAAAGUCAGCGCCCUGGAGGUGGAGAGACAUCUGCUCUCACACCCACACAUCACAGACGUGGCUGUGAUCGGGCCCCCGGACGCGGUGUGGGGCCAGCGGGUCAGCGCCGUGGUGCAGCUGCGCAGGGGGGAGAUGCUCUCUGUGAAGGACCUGAAGGACUGGGCCAGGGACACCAUGGCACCCUACACCAUCCCCACCGAGCUCAUCGUGGUGGAGGAGAUCCCACGCAAUCAGAUGGGCAAAGUCAACAAGAAGGAGCUUCUGCAGCGCUUUUACCCCUCGUAGGGCACGUGCUGGGGCUGGGACUGGCACCCCCUGGGUGUCUGAGCCUCUCCCCUGGCUGUUCUCCCUCUGCCACGCGGUGCCAGUGGUGAUUGGCACUGCCAGGUCAGGGCUCACUGCAGCCUGGGCCUGAGGAAAGCCCAAUAAACUCAGGAUUCAUCUCA